AUGGAGAUGCCCAGCGUGUCCGCGGCGAACCCUUCGGUGCCCCCCAGUUCGGUGGCGGCGGCGGCGGCGGCGGCCGCGGCGGCCAGCCUGCCGGUGAGCGUGGCCGGCAGCCUCCUGCGAGCGCCGCCGCUGCUCCUGCGAGCCGCCGAGAAGUACCCGCGCACGCCCAAGUGCGCCCGCUGCCGCAACCACGGCGUGGUGUCGGCGCUCAAGGGCCACAAGCGCUACUGCCGCUGGAAGGACUGCCUGUGCGCCAAGUGCACGCUGAUCGCCGAGCGCCAGCGCGUCAUGGCCGCCCAGGUGGCGCUGCGCCGGCAGCAGGCGCAAGAGGAGAACGAGGCCCGCGAGCUGCAGCUGCUCUAUGGCACCGCCGAGGGGCUGGCCCUGGCCGCGGCCAACGGCAUCAUCCCGCCGCGGCCCGCCUACGAAGUCUUCGGCUCGGUGUGCGCCGCGGACGGCGGCACGGGGGGUUCAGAGGUCAAACUGCAGAAGUUCGAGCUGUUCCCCAAGACGCUCCUGACCAACCGGGCCGUCACCCCUCAGCAGGCCAAGCCCUUGUCGCCGGAUGGAGCGGACGGCGCGCCAGGCACCUCAUCCCCGGAGCCCUCCCGCCACGGCUGCGGCUCGGGCUCGGAGAACGGCGACGGCGAGUCCUCCGUCAGUUCGCCCGUCUCCAAGGGCGCCAAGGACGGCAGCGGCGUCGGGGGCGAGGAGGAGAGCCCGGGCUCCAUCAGCCCGCUGGGCUCCGACUCCGGCUGUUCCGAGGCGGAGCGGGAAGAAGCGGGCGCCACUUCGCCGGGCCUGGCCGCGGUGGCGGCAGCGGCGGCGGCUGGCGGAAGCCGUCAGCAGCGGACGCCCUUGGACAUCCUGACGCGCGUGUUCCCCGCGCACAAGCGCAGCGUGCUGGAGUUGGUCCUGGCCGGCUGCGGCGGGGACGUGGUGCAGGCCAUCGAGCAGAUCCUCAACAACCACCACCACCACCACCACCACCACCCGCGAGGAGGAGGAGGAGGAGGAGGAGGAGGAGGAGGAGGCAGCCCAGGCCAGGGACUGGCCGCCGCCGCCUCCGGGCUGAGCUCGGCUGGGCCGGACAAGGCCAGCGACGAGAGCUGGGCGCGGGCUGCAGGAGACGCGCCGGGGACGCUGGGCGGCUUGCAGCCUUCGCCCGCCGCCGCCGCCGCCGCCGCCGCGCACCACCGCCCCCUGCUGGCGGGCGCCAUGACUCCCGCCAUCGGCGCGCUGGGCAGCCGCUCGGCCUUCUCGCCCCUGCAGCCCAACGCCACCCACUUCGGCGCGGCGGCGGCGGCUGAGGCCAGCGCGUACCCGCUGGGCACGCACCUGGGCUUGAGCCCGCUGCGGCUGGCCUACUCGGCGGCGGCGGCGCACAGCCGGGGCCUGGCCUUCAUGACACCCUACUCCACGGCCGGCCUCAUGCCCACGCUGGGCUUCCGGCCGCCCAUGGAGUACGCCUUCAGCGACCUCAUGCGGGACAGAUCCGCCGCCGCCGCCGCCGCUGCCGCCGCCGCCGCCGCCGCCAGUGCGCACAAGGAGCAGAGCUACCCGAACGGGCUCUACGGGCCCUUGGUCAACAGCGCGCAAGAGAAACAGUAG